GCGCCGCCAUUUUGUCCGCCUGGCGCUCCGGCUUCUGAGGAGAAUUUCAUUCCAAACCCACUGCCUCCCUUUUAAUCUUCGCACCGAUAGUCCGAGCACUGGUUGUCGUCGUCGGGGGAAGGAGUUAUUUAUUUCCGUGACCGGGGGGGGUGGGGGUGUUUAGGUUUUUUUUUUACAAAAAGUUUCUCACACGGAGAAUGAGUUCGGUGGACAUCCGGAGGCUGAGAGUGAACGAGCUGAAGGAGGCCCUGCACAAGCGCGGCCUCGAUACAAAGGGCCUGAAGGCCAACCUGCAGGAGCGGCUGCAGGCCGCGCUCGACCGGGACCGAGACGCCGCCACCGAGGCCGGGCUCGGGGGGGAGGAGGAGGAGGAGGAGCGGGGACGGGGGGACGAUCGUGACCGCGACCGCGACCACGACCACGACCACGACCACGACCACGACCCCGACCACGACCAAGACCCGGACUCGGCCAGCGACGGGUACCCGGUGAAGGAGGCGAUGGAGGGGCAUUUGUUGUUGGAGGACGAGGAGGAGGAGGAAGAGGAAGAGCUGCAGGCGAGGGCCGCGGACGAUGAUGGGACUAAUGCUGGUGAUUCAAAUUAUGAUGGUACUGUGAACUCUUUUAAUCAGUGUGAUAAUCAAUGCAGUGAUUUUGGAGGAUCCAGGCAAGGAAAUGUCGACAGAAGCUGGGAGGCACCAGCCAUCGAACAAGCAGCAACAACAAAGCAGGAAUUUCAACCAGUUGAAGUUAAGGAGGAAUUUGUGGAUCAAUCUGCAAUCAAACAGUCGAUACCGCCAAGCAGAAAGAGACCCUUUCCUGACCAAGGGCAUGGAUAUUAUGAAUACAGAGAGGACAGGAGUUAUGGUCGAGCAAAAUCUCCCCAGCCACCAGCAGAGGAUGAUGAGGAAGAAUUUGAUGAAACUUGUGUGGCCAUUGAUACUUAUAACUGUGAUCUGCACUUUAAAGUAGCUAGAGACCGCUUGAGUGGCUACCCAUUGACUAUUGAAGGAUUUGCAUAUCUGUGGUCAGGAGCACGAGCAACAUAUGGGGUCAACAAGGGGAGAGUUUGUUUUGAAGUUAAGAUUAACGAAGAGAUUCCAGUUAAGCAUCUUCCUUCAACCGAGCCUGAUCCCCAUGUCGUUCGUGUUGGCUGGUCACUUGAUUCAUGCAGUACGCAGUUAGGUGAGGAGGCAUUCUCAUAUGGGUUUGGAGGGACAGGAAAGAAGUCAUCAAACUGCAAAUUUCAGGACUACGGGGAACGAUUUUCUGAAAACGAUGUGAUGGGGUGUCUAAUUAACUAUGAUGUUGGUGAAGAUGUGGAGAUGUCCUAUACGAAGAACGGAAGGUGGCUUGGUGUUGCGUUCAGAGCCAAGAAAACAGCUCUUGGCGGACGUCCAUUGUUCCCGCAUGUGUUGUCAAAAAACUGCGCCAUAGAAUUCAACUUUGGGCAGAAGGAGCCAUGGUGCAGAAUUCCCGAUGGAUUCACAUACAUUCAGCAUGUGCCCUUGGAUCAGCGGAUGACGGGCACAGCAGCACCAAAGUCAAAGUCAGAGUGUGAAAUCCUGAUGAUGGUUGGCCUACCCGCAGCGGGGAAAACAACAUGGGCUGCAGGGCAUGCGGCCAGCAACCCAUGGAAGAAGUACAACAUCCUCGGGACAAAUGCCAUCAUGGAAAAGAUGAAGGUGAUGGGACUUCGGCGUCAACGUAAUUAUGCUGGCCGUUGGGACGUCCUCAUUCAGCAAGCCACACAGUGCUUGAACCGUCUCAUCCAGAUUGCAGCUCGCAAGAAACGCAACUACAUUCUUGAUCAGACAAAUGUUUAUGGAUCAGCACAGAGACGAAAAAUGCGUCCUUUUGAAGGGUUUCAACGCAAGGCUAUUGUAAUUUGUCCCACGGAUGCCGAUUUAAAAGAACGAACAAUAAAGCGCACUGAUGAGGAAGGGAAGGAUGUUCCUGAUCAUGCAGUUUUAGAAAUGAAAGCGAACUUCACCCUGCCCGUGGUGGACGAGUUCCUCGAUGGCGUGUCUUACGUGGAGCUGCAGAAGGAGGAGUCGCAGAAGCUGGUGAGCGAGUACAAUGAUGAAGGAAAGAGGGCCGGCCCUCCCCCCGAUAAACGCUUUGACAACCGGUCUUCAGGCUUCCGCGGGCGCGGAAACUUCAACCGAUUUGACAAUCGCGGCGGGCAGGCAUCUCGUGGUGGCUUCACCCGUGGUGGCUUCCGAGGAGGUUUUAACCGUGCAGGUAACCCACCCAACCGCUGGCCCAACAACAACAACAACAGCAGUCGCGGUACCUACAAUCGCUCCCCGAACUACAACUUGACGCGUCCAACCACCUACAACAAGACCGCCUACACCCAGAGCCUGCCAGCGCCAGCUGCACCGACGGCCACGCCGACUCCUGCACCCGCACCGCUAGUUCCAGCCCCGGCGCCAGCUCCCCCGGCUCCAGCAACCUACGGGCAGAGUUAUGGCCAGAGCUAUAAUCAAGCAUACAAUCCUAAUUAUAGCUACGGCAGCUAUGGCAACUAUGGGAACUACAACCAAACCUACACUCAGCCCCAAGCUGCAACACAGGCCUACAGCCAGCAAUAUCCAAACCAGUACCAGCAGUAUGCGCAGCAGUGGAGCCAGUAUUACCAGAACCAGAAUCAGUGGAAUCAAUACUACAGUGGAAACUACAACUAUGGGAAUUACUCAGGAGGAUCCCAAGGCUCCGGGACACAGUAAAUGCUGAAGCUUUUGCCCAAACCAUUUUUUAAAAAGAAAAACAGAAUAAUUCUAUGAGCAGUCGGUUGUACAAAGAUUUAAAAGCUCUGUUUGGGUGUGUGACACACCUCAAUUUUCUGGCAUUUUCUUGUGUCAUAUAGUAGUAGUGAUUGUAAAAUUGAAGAAAAGAUGCAAAAGGAAGAAUUAAACAAUUUAAGAUUCUGAGAUGUUUAAUGUAAUGACGUCUUUUUAGAUUUUUAUGUAACUUUUUACUGUCGGUAAGCUAUUUUGUCAAGAUAAAUAAUGACAAAACUUCAAAAACAAUUGGGUGAUACUUCGAAUAUGUUAACUUUUUUAUAUAAUGUAUAAGGUUCAUGUCUUUGCUUGUGCUUUUCUGUUGAGUCUGUUUGAAACUGCUUUUGUAUCUGGGAUAAAGUUAAGAUUUAACAACCUACAAAGCUUUUGGUGUUAUUGCUCUCGAUUAUGUCUUACAAGGAUUUGUGUUUACGCCGUGUCUACUGAAGGCCUCAAGGAAUAUCUUUGAUGGUGACAUUGGUUUUUAGUAUUGUUUUGACAAGGAAUGCUCAGAACUAUCUCUGAUUUCGCUUGUAAAUAGACGGGAAGUCAGCCGACUAAACAAACACUCCAGAUAUAUAUGUACAAACAAAACACUUCAGAAUAUCUUUCAGGCAUUUGAUUUCUUUCACCGCCAGUUUGGCCAGCAAACUGAAAAGUUGUCUUCCAUCUCUAGAAGCGGACAAACAUACUGUUAAUAAAAUAAAAUCUACCUA